AUGGACGACUACGCGUCAAUGAAUUACAACUACUACCCGCAAGGUGACAUGUACCAAGGAGCUCAGAUGGAAGAUCCGAUGGCUCAAGCACCAAAACCGGUACAGAUUCAUUUUUUCCUAGAACUGUUCAAAGAAAAUAAACUUUCAGAAUGAUCCACCUCCUCCUCCGCCAAUUGUCAUCUGUCCGACGGAAGUUGAUCACAUCAACGUGACUCUGGAGAAAAACCAACAGUGCGCUUGCAAGGUGGGUUCUGUCAGGGGUGCAUUAAAGGAACUCAUAGUUUAGGACUGUGGCAAGUUGUUCAACUCUGUGUGGUACCUGAAGCAACACGCUGUCAAGCACUCAAACGAUCGUCCAUUCAAAUGCAAAUUCUGUUUCAAGGUUCCAAUGAAGCAAUCAUUUGUAUAAAAUGAAAUUUUUAGACCUACAAAUUUCGUUCAAAUCUUUAUCAGCACAAAUGCCCUGACCGCCAAAAGUCGAUGGCUCAAGCAGGGUUAGUCGAAAAUAUUUGAAUGCUUUUUUUCUAAAAAGGUAUUACUCUCAUAGAUUUGAAAAAUUGAGACAAGAUCAAUAAAAAAGAUUUAGCAGAAAGCGUGGCGGACACAUCAUUUCGCCUUCAGCUCGUCGUCUUGAGACGAAUCAACUCCUGAAAUCCCGAAUCGAAGCCAACAUGCAUGCAGAGGAAAUGCAAUCGUACGUUUUGGUCUUUCCUGCGACUUUGGUUUUGAAAAUCAAAAACCUUGUCCUUUAUCAGUUUGACCUACGGCGUUUUGAAAUGAGAGACGAAUUGCAGAUUGCAAGCUGGAGGCGGAGGAGGAGGAACAGGCGUCGGCGCUUGCCUUUCGGACAACGAAGAUAACGAUGCUCCAAUCACCUAUGGCUUGGUCAUUCAAAACCUCGAUACGUCACAUCAGAUGACCCACAAUGUACGAAAUGUUGCGAAAAACGUAAAGUCAAAUUGAUAAUGUUUUCAGCCUAUUCCAAUGCAACUUCCACCUCUCCCACAGCAGACAGACGUUCACGAGUUGGAAAAUCAACAGACAGAACUGGAUAGUGUUCGGGGACAACAGCUACCGCCUCAACAAAUUGAGGCAUUUGUUCAGAAAAACAAAAACAAGGUUUUUGCCAAAGUCAAUUCGUUAAAAAAAUAUCAAAAAACCACAUGCUUGACCUGAUUUAAAUUAACAAAAUUCUUUUGCAGCUUUUCUCCUGCCGCAAGUGUCGUGUGCUGUUUCCCACCGAAGAAUCACUUUUGAGACACUCGGCGUCGCAUUCUGGAGAAGAUCUAUUUGCAUACAAAUGCAAUAAUUGCCGCCAGGUAGGUUCAGAAACCGCCCGACUAGUCACAUGAAUCAAAAAGAACGCCACCUUCACUUCAUAUUCUUCAAUUCAGGCGUUCGAAAGCGAGAAAGAACUCCGUCGCCACGCUCUGUUGCACUCGGGCGUCGGUCCUUGGAAAUGCGAAGAAUGCUGUGGACAGUUCAGGUGAGUUUGUGAUAAUCAUGGCCAGGGACUAAUUACUUAUUUGUAGAUCGUCUGUGGCUCUGAGACGCCACAAAGACCAAUGCCGUCCGUGUUUUCUGCCACCAGUACAGAACAACAUCGUAAGUUGUACAAUCAGCUAUCGCGUUCCAAAAAAGCAUCAGAUGGUCUCCGUGCAUUCUCCGUUCGAUCCUUUCUCUUUCAUCCCGACAGAAAACGAUCAAAUGUUCAUUCCUAUGUGCGAUGAACUCAACCGUCAAGGAACAGAUAGCGGCCUUGGCAGUGAAGGCUCGCCUAACAGCUGUGCUAAUUCCUCGCCGGAAAGGUUAUUCCUCCGUGUUUCAACUGUAUCUUUUACUCUACAAGUUUCAGGCAGAACAUGUCUUUGGAAGAAGUUUUCGACAUCAUCGGGGAUCGCAAAAUGGAGAAGGAGGACGACGAAGAUAGUGGCUUCCGCAGCAGACUCAACUCCGUUACGCACUCAGGAUCGCCAGAUUCUUCUAGCUUCUCCAAUCAUUCUGGAUCUCCGCCGCGCAAACUCUCCGGACAGGAUCCAGAAAUGAGUUCACCUUUCAUGUUGGCUAGUUAUGGUAGCGGUCCGGCUUAUGGUCAGCAAAUGUUCUUUGAUUCCCCCAUGAGCAACAGCUCGUACUCGAUCAUGGAUGAGGUUUCGAAGAAGUUUUUGAUUAAUAUUCUAAUAAAUGAUUCAGAUGAGCACCAAACAACUGAUGUCACUGAAAGGAGGUUCUGGAACAGACAUCGGAAUCACUGUUUCACCUGCGCGUUACCAGGCGCAGAAGAUUUUCAAAUGUACGUGUUUUAAUUUUCUCAUUUACUAACGCUGGAAAACACAAUCUUUUUGCAGAAAUGCGUGCAACUUCUUCUAA